UUCGUGGGUUUGCGAUUCGUGGCAGUUCAAUUAACAGGAGCCCCACCGUGUUUAUACUCCAAAAAAUGCGAAUGUUCACUCUUAACAAAUAUGGUGGACGUAUCUUGCUUGUUUUAAGAAAGGACACUGGAUUGAGAAAUAUUUUCUCUGUACUGUGUUUUACGUUGUUUUGUAUCGUUCUCUACUCAUAUGCGCUUAUUUACAGUAAGGGAUGCGGGAAUAAAGGUCUGCGCACAAAGCUGUUGGGAUACUGUGGACGUGUUUGGUUACGGGAGCGCGCAUUGGGAACGGUUACACCCGUGAAGAGUUGUUACUGUAGGUUUGAGUGACUUUUUCUCUUCCCCCCUUACCUCCCCCUCCCCCCCAGCGGGUCGGGACUCCGGGGCGAGAUGGCAGCAAGGCUGCCCGCGCGAGUGCUCGAACUGGUUUUCUCAUACUUGGACAUGGCAGACCUGUAUAACUGCGCGCUCGUGUGCCGUCACUGGUACUACUGCCUGGAUGGGGAGGAAAACAGCGAGGUAUGGCGUUGGCUGUGCAUCCGUAGUCUACCCGAGGAGGCCCUGCGUUCAGAUAUCCUGUGCAACGUGCCCACCUACAAGGGCAAGAUUAGAGCAUUCAAGCAUGCGUUCAGUUCCAAUGACUGUUCCAGAAAUGUGUAUAUCAAGAAAAAUGGUUUUACCUUGCAUCGAAAUCCAAUUGCACAGAGCACUGAUGGUGCCCGAACAAAGAUUGGCUUUAGCGAAGGACGACAUUCUUGGGAGAUCUGGUGGGAAGGACCCCUUGGAACAGUGGCAGUCAUUGGUAUUGCAACGAAACGUGCUCCAAUGCAAUGCCAGGGUUACGUAGCUUUACUGGGCAGUGAUGACCAGAGCUGGGGCUGGAACUUGGUGGACAAUAAUUUACUUCACAAUGGAGAAAUCAGUGGCAGCUUUCCACAGUGCAACAAUGCACCGAAGUAUCAGAUAGGAGAAAGGAUACGCAUCAUCUUGGAUAUGGAAGACAGGACUUUAGCCUUUGAACGUGGCUAUGAAUUCCUAGGUGUUGCAUUUCGAGGACUGCCCAAAGCGUGCUUAUUUCCGGCAGUAUCUGCUGUAUAUGGUAACACGGAAGUGACCAUGGUAUAUUUAGGCAAUCCUCUAGAUGGGUGACUGUAUCUCUGCGGACAGUACAGUCUUACAGUGUUGCAAGAAAAACCUGCAUGAAAUGCAUGGACUUCACUGAGAAGCUUAUGAGAGGAACUCUGACAUGAUCAUGCAUGGAAUUAUAGUGGAAUUACAAUGGGCAAGUAAACUGGUGUAUUCCAGGAGCCAGACAAUUUUGCUAUUGAGAAAGGGAAUAGGAACACACUGUUAUACAGAAGACAGGUGGAUACAUUGACUGUUGACUGAUGUACUACAGCUGUUUUCUGGGGGUUUGAAUGGUGCAGGUAUCUGGAGAAACUUUUAAACUUGUUGAUCAGGUUGGCCAUUAUUUGUGGCCUUUUAGUUAAAAAGGGGAAACAGUUCCCUGUUUCUCCAUGUCUUACCUCAUGUCUGUGCUCACAGAUUUUAAUAUAACAAACAUUGUUUUUUAACUUCUUGUCGCUGUGUUACACAGUUGCUGCUAGAAGAAAAAUAUUAACUAUUUUCUGGGUAGGAGGUUUAGGUGAAAGCAUGCCUUCAUGUUUAUUGGUGAUAAAAAAGCCAGACUGUGAAAGCGUGAACAUUGGUAGCAGCAUGGAAGGAAACUACCAACCAAAUGUGGGGCUUAAUGGAAACAUUAUGUAAAAGUGGCAUUUUUUUCAUUAUGGGAUGGUCUAAGAAAGAGAGCUCCUGCAUAAAUUUGCUAUUGAAUUCAGAACAGUAUCAUGGGAAAAUGUCACCUUGAGUGACACUUUCACCUUCUCCUACCAGUUUUUGUUACAAAUGAUCCUUUUAAAAAUGUAGUGCAGCACCAAACCCUUGUGUUAUUUAAGUUAAAUUAUUGUGAAUAAACUAUAUUUACUGUAAUACACUUGUUUAACAGCCAUAUUAAAACAGAAGUAAAAUUUUUCUUGAACUAA